GUUGAGUUGACGGCGCGAGAAGACGCGGGAGAAAGAGAGAGCGGAGAAUUGGAGAAUUGAAGAGUCCAAAAUCUAAGAAUCAGAAAGAACCGUCGCUGUGCCGUUUAAGAAAAAUAAAGAAUCGAAGAACCUGAAUACAAGAAUCGCUUGUUAGGAAUCAAAACAAAAGAAUCCAAUAUUUAAGAAAUACAAAUUUGAAGAAUCAACAAAAUAAGAAUCCAAAUUUAAAGAACCCAAGCCCCGUCGCUGUGCCGUUUAUUACUUGUUGUUUUUUGUGUGUGACUGACUUACAUGUGUGCCUCCUAGGUAAUGAGUGAACCCACGAGUAGUUCCAACUACAGAGACUAAAGACUUUGGGCGCCAAACCAAAAGAAGAAAAAGAAAAUUCAAGCCGCCGCACAGAGAAUGCUGGUGCCGUCGGACAUGAUUGCGGCGCAGUCCAAGAUGGUCUACCAGAUGAACAAGUACUGUGCGGACCGCGUCCAGGUGCGCAAGGCGCAGAUCCACAAGCAGAUCCAGGAGGUGUGCCGCAUCGUCCAGGACGUGCUCAAGGAGGUGGAGGUGCAGGAGCCGCGCUUCAUCUCCUCGCUGAACGACUACAACGGACGGUUCGAGGGUCUGGAGGUCAUAUCGCCCACGGAGUUCGAGAUCAUCAUCUAUCUCAAUCAAAUGGGAGUGCUCAACUUUGUGGACGACGGCACCCUGCCAGGAUGUGCUGUGCUUAAGCUGAGCGAUGGCCGGAAGCGGUCCAUGUCCCUGUGGGUGGAGUUCAUCACGGCCAGCGGGUAUUUGUCCGCCCGGAAAAUCCGAUCGCGAUUCCAAACGCUGGUGGCGCAGGCGUGCGAUAAGUGCGCCUACCGCGACAUCGUCAAGAUGAUCGCCGACACCACGGAGGUGAAACUGCGCAUCCGGGAGCGCAUCAUCGUCCAGAUCACGCCCGCCUUCAAGUGCGCCGGCCUAUGGCCCCGGUCCGCCUCCCACUGGCCGCUGCCGGGCAUCCCCUGGCCGCAUCCCAACAUCGUGGCCGAGGUCAAGACCGAGGGCUUCGACAUGCUCUCCAAGGAGUGCAUCGCUCUCCAGGGCAAGAACUCCGCCAUGGAGGGCGACGCCUGGGUGCUCAGCUUCACCGACGCCGAGAACCGGCUGCUGCAAGGAGCUAGUCGACGCCGGUGCCUGAGCAUCCUGAAGACCCUGCGCGAUCGGCACCUGGACCUGCCCGGCAACCCGGUGACCUCGUACCACCUGAAGACCCUGCUGCUCUACGAGUGCGAGAAGCAUCCGCGCGAGAUGGAGUGGGAGGAGAACUGCAUCGCGGACCGCAUCAACGGGAUCUUCCUGCAGCUGAUAUCCUGCCUGCAGUGCCGCCGCUGUCCGCACUACUUCCUGCCCAACAUGGACCUGUUCAAGGGCAAGUCGCCGGGCGCCCUGGAGAACGCGGCCAAGCAAGUGUGGCGGCUAACCCGGAUUAUGUUGACCAAUGUCCGAUGCCUGGAGGAGCUGUAGAGCACCCCCUCUGCUGUAUGGCAUAUAGACAUAUAGACACAUAGACCCUUUGGAUCUUUGGCAGCUGAUUUUUGGGGGGUGGGAUGAAACCCGCAGGGUUUUCUAUUUUUUUAUUCGCCUUUUUGUUUUUUACCGAUUUUUUUUUGUAAGCUAAAAACAAAGGCAAUAUGCAGGGGGGGAUUAUCGAAGAAAACAGUGGGAGAAAGAGAGAGAGAGAGAGAGCAGUGAAAUUGUAACCCAAAUACUAUUUGAUAUUUCGCUAGAUCGUAACUUAAGUUUAGGUGCUUUCGAAAAGUAUACGCCGCUUACAGAGUUUCCUAUAAUUAGAGCAUACCUAGUGUUACCCAUUUAGAUCGUCAUCGUCGCAUAACGCACAAAAGUUACCAUCUAGAUAUAUACGAUUUUUUUUUUUAGAUUUUUUUGGCCCAUUGCUAAUAGCAAAGCGCAGUGCAAAAUUAGCUAAAUUAGUCGUAAGUCCAAUGAAACUGAGACAGCCAAUGCGGGAAUAUUUCCCCGUCGGUCCUAAAUUAUUUAUUCUAUGUUUUGCCUUCUUAUUGUGAGUUUAGUCAAUAAAACGUAAGUUUUUCAAUGAAAA